UAAAGAUUUAAUGAAAAAAUGUUGGGAUGAGGAUCCUUCUAAUAGACCAACUGUAAUAAUGCUUGAAAAUAUUAUAUCUCAAUGGAUUUAUUGUAUUGACGAAUAUUAUAGAGUAAACAAGGAUGAAAAUUAUAGUACUGUACCCAAUAUUGAUGAUCAACAAUUAAAAAAUGAUAUGUUGGAAUUUGUAAAAGCAAACGAAGCUAAUUUAGAACAAGAGCCAGUAAAUACUACUCCUAUUACACAAUCUCAUUCACAAGAAUAUUCUAUAAGUCGCGAACUUACUACUGAAUAUUUUGUUCAAGAAGAGUCUGAUGAUGAAUAUCAUUCUCAUAUAUAAAUAUAUUAUAUACAAAAAAGAAAAUGUUAUACUGCGUUAUUUUGAUUUUUUUCCUUU